CUGAGGUGUAUAAAUAAGUGAAGCUGUGUACUCUCAGAGAACAUUUUUCCACACUGAAGUUACCCUGCGGUUUCCCAGUUCCAGCCAUGUUCUUCUCCAAGACUAUUGCCAGUUUGGCUGUCCUCUUGGCCGUGCUGAUUACCAUUGUGGCCGGCGGACUGUCAAGCGGUGGGGGAGGAAAAACAUACAGCUAUGACCUAUCCAAGAAGUCUGACCUGACAAAGCUGUACAACUCACGAGUGUAUGAAGCAGACAGAAUGAAAAGGCCCUUGGAUGGUAUGCCUUUUGCAAUCGGACCUCUAAGCCACUCUGGAGUCAGAGUGACAUUGGCUGAUGGAAGCAAAUGGCUGGUCCAUAAAGGGAAGGAUUAUGGGAUCAGCUCCCAGACCGUUGUGGUUGACGCCCGUCACAUGAGCUCUGACUGGAAGAUCAUUGAGACAAAAGAUUUCAGGGGGAGUAAGACCGUCUCUGAUUUUGUGAAAGCUGGAGGCACUGACUACAGCCUCAUCUUUGACAACUGCCAUGAUGGGUCUGGAAGAAUGAUGGACAAUUAAGAAGCCAAGCCCAGUUGUAGAUCAAUCUGCUUUAUCUUCAUCGCAUGCAAUUCAUCGUAAUUAUAGUAGGCCUAUACUGGAGGUGUUGCUAAACUGUAAAGUGGAAGUUAUGUGUUCAGUACUUACACACCCCAUGUGUUUAUUUGGCUUUGUAAACUAAUAAAAAUAAACAGUUGCAGUUGUUUGUA